AGUUCAACAGGACGGUGUGAAGGUAUUUAAAAAGGCACGGCUGUGGCACCAGGACAGCAGUCAUUAGAUGGUCAAUGACAGCAAUGGCUUCUCUGGCACUUCUUUACUUUCUGCUGUGGGUCGGUGUCACAGUGAGUACACCGGUGGAUGUACAGAAGAGAAUUGUUAAUGGUGUUCGCUGUGGUCAAAAUGAUCGUCUGUACCACGUGAAGCUGAGAACAAGUGUUGGAACAUUCUGUGGUGGCUCUCUGAUCACUGACGAGUGGAUUCUGACUGCAGCUCACUGCUGGGAGAGGACCAUGGAGGCAGAUGUAAAUAUCCACCCAGGUAACGAAAUGGAGACAAUCAAAAUCACAAGACAUGAGAUCUAUACCGAGAACAGCAAAAAACACGACAUCAUGCUACUGAAGCUGGAGAAGAAACCUAAAAAGAUCCAUAAAAUAGAUCUUCCAGACUGUUCAACUGAUCUUCAACUACGUAACUUGUUUCACGUCGCAGGACACGGGCCAUUUGCUGUAGGUGAAUAUGAUAUCUACGAGGAGAGGAAUUCUGAAACUCUCCUAUGUGGCGAUAUGCAUGUUGUUGACUGCAGUCCAUUGAGAGGAUGGUUUCACAAUCCAAAUGUACCAUUUGACAACUGGGUCUGUGCCGACGGACAUCAGGUCGUCGCUGCAGGUGACUCUGGCGGAGGAGCAGUGUUCAAUGGCAAGAUUUAUGCUGUUAUCAGUGGUGCUAAUGAUGUACAAGCAUUCAGGGACCCUUGCGAGUUCUCCAGAGUCUGUGCAUAUAUGCACUGGAUUCAGUCUAUUAUUGGCCCCAAUCCCUGAACUUCAUGCUGAACAUUCAUAAUAAACAAGCCAUGAGAUUUUGGAUUUUAAAUGG